ACAGGUUUUGAAGAACGUCGGCACAAUUUCCGCUGAACUUGACGAUACUAUGCUGGUACUGAAUUUCUGCAUAUAAACCACUCACGGAUUUUGAGCAAAGUCCGCAGUCCUUCAGCGGGGCCGAGAUGGGGAGAGGAGAUCCCCCCUCCACCUCCACCCGGAACAUAGAGUUUUCCCCUCACUUAGGCUCAGGCACGGUAGGUUUUUAGGUACAGUAAGGCAAGGAAUGGAAUAGCAAGAUAUCUCUUUAUCACGCUCUGUAACUGCUAUCAUUCAACAACAAACAGCUCAGUCCUCUCAUCUCACCUCACAAUGGCAGCCCUCAAAGACAACGGCCUCCCUCCCGUCUCCCGCGUCAUCACCGACCACAACAACGAAGGCAAAGCCAUCUUCUCAGCCGCCAUCCCCGAGCCCGUAGUCUGGCAAGAGCUCGCAGACGGCGCCCGCUUCUCCCUGGGCUACGCAACGAACCAAUUCCCCGCCGAUCUCUCCAACGAAACAGAUGUCAAGACCUACUCCCACUACCUUGAAAACCUACCUGGCAUAGCAAUACCCGGGGGUACAGUGCUGCGAUAUGUGGAUAUGAUGCCAGGUGCUACGAGCCCGAUGCAUAGGACCGUGUCAUUAGAUUAUGGUGUCGUGUUGGAAGGAGAGGUGGAGUUGGUGCUUGAUAGUGGGGAGGUCAGGCUGUUGAAGAGGGGACAUGUUGCGGUGCAGCGGGGCACGAAUCAUGCAUGGAGGAAUGCGAGUAAGACGGAGUGGGCGAGGAUGCUUUAUGUUCUGCAGGAUAUAAAGCCAUUGGAAAUUGGGGGGAAGAAAUUAGAGGAGGACGUUACGACGAUACCUGGAUAUGGAGACAAAUAAAUGAGGACUUGAGUCGUGUGCAUGCAACUCGUAUAUGCAUUUGGAAGUACUGCAUAGCUCCAUCCAUGAUUGACUCUCUAAAAUGGGCAGUUCACCCUAGUCUCAUUUUCAAGAUCCACUACCAUUCUGCCCCAGCUUUAUGUCUCUACCAUUUGUCAUUUAGUUUUCCAGGUGUA